GUCGUUCUUCGUCGGCAGGAUUGACCGCAAGCACUCUACCUCCGCCGUGCCUGAUGACUUCUUCGCUCGCAGCCUCUGUGUGAGGAGACAUGGCUCUCCUCGUCCGCCGUGCUGUCUGCACCUUGUCCUCCUGACCAUCGCAAUCUCGUCCUCCCCAAGCCAGCCCACACCCCCAGGUCAUAUGACACUCUUCUCUCUCACGGGCCCCUUCUCUCAACAUGCCCGCCCUCGAACAUGCUCUCACUCAGCUGGACAUCAAUUCGAUCAGAGACUUGGGUAGUGCUGUCACAAGCAUAAGCUCCAACGCCUCUUCGUCCUCAUCUGGCUUUCGUACACCCAAAACCAGCAGUGGCCUCCCAGUCACCCGUCCUUCAGCCCAAGCUCCUCUUCCUCCGCCAUGGCUUCUUCGACAGAACAACCUCGCAAGCUCAGAGCUCAGGACUGCACCCUCCGCUGCUUCGUCAACAGGCACUGCUGGUCGAACUCAAGGCCGUCAAAGUACCUCCGGUCAUCAGCAACGAUCACAAAAUCAGCAAACUCAGCGUCAGAACCAUCAGCAGAGAGGCCCAAGAUCCACACAAGGCUCCAGAGGUCAAAAUCUGCCAGACUACGAACGACCUCAAGAACCAGUGUUGGUGUGCUACCAAUUGCCUCAGAACACCUAUGCACGCGUCUUUCGAAAGGCAGUCGGCGCCGCCAUCAAGAAGGCCUUCCCAGAUCCUCCGACCUUCAGAGCUACAGUCAGGUCUAAACGUGGGACAGUAGAAUUCGGGCAGGUCACUUUCCCUAACCUAGACUGCUGCAACAUAUUCAUGCGCUGGUAUGGACCUCAAGCACGUGAUUCUGUCGAGAUUGCCAAGCAUAGAUUGCGCUUCGAGAGGCCCAAGCCAGGAACUGUUCGCAUCACCGAGCAGGAAAUCAAGUCCCUUAUCUUCAAGCCAAAUACUGUGGCUGUCGAUACACAUUCCGACUACGAGAACAGCGACGAAGAAAGAGCCAAGGACCUCUACGUGCUCGAGUGCGAGCUCGGAGGCUGGGAUUCAAAAGGGCGCUUCGCUUCUGCCUGGAAGAGCAAUGUCUUGGAUGACCACUACUCUGUCGUAGAUCUAGAUGGAGACUCUGCCAAGCUCACAGUCCGCCUCAGCGACCGACUCAUCAGCAUAUCUCUGUACAGCGUGGAGAAGCUGGUCGUACACGGAAAGGACCUCUACAUCUACACUACUGCACUGCCCACGUACCUGCAGGACAUCACUGGCGGCAUUGCCUCGCUCACCCGCAGAGUCGGGAUCAUGAAGUUCAAUGGGCUGGACUCAGUGGCGAAAUUUGUCAGAACGCCGGGUCUCGAUAGUGCCCACGAGAAGAUCGCACCAUUCUGCUACGUCGUCAAAGUCCGGUGUACGAACAGAGCAGAUCUGGACCACUUCCUGCUGCGAUGGAGACGCAAGCUUAUCGACAUUGUCGCCUACAUUGACAUCGAGCAGAAUACGGAUCAGCCCUACCGCAACGGCAUCUUGAGAAAGCUCAACGAAUGGUACGCCAGUACUUCGUUUGAACUCAGCUUUCAAGUGCAUGGUCUUGUCCAGUCGGGUCUCCUCACUCCUCUUGAGGUAUGGGAGCUCACUCUGCUGUUCAAAGAGAUCGAUCGACGCCUCGAUCCUCCGACGGCAGCAGUCGUCGUGCGAACCGCUCGCAGCGGCCUGCGACACCACAUGCCUGGUGAAGUCUCUGUCUCUGAUGCAGACGCAUUCGCUCAGCGAUUGAAGGAGCAGCUCUGGCAAGCCGAAGAGGCUCAACGAUCGCCGUUCAAGACUGUACACGAGGACACUGGCUACCAUCAGAUACAUGCCGCUGUCAUCACACCUGCUGGACUGUGGCUAGACGGACCUCAGCGUGACACGGGAAACAGAAUCGUCCGGGCUUACCCUGGCAAGGAGACUCACUUCCUGCGCGUACGAAUCCAGGACGAGUCGGGCGAUCUUAUUCGAGACUCCCGAGAAGUUGACCAAGACGAGCAGAUCUUCAGUGGCAAAGUGCAAAAGCUCUUCCUCGAAGGUCUAAGGGUCGGCGGCAGGCUCUUCCGUUUCUUGGGCUUCUCAACUUCAAGCUUGCGAGAGCACUCCACGUGGUUCGUGUCCGACUUCGUCUAUGAGGGUGAGGCUGUGUCUGCCGACUCGAUCCGAGCGACGAUCGGCGACUUGUCUAACAUCAAGGUACCGGCCAGAUAUGCGGCUCGCAUGGGUCAGGCGUUCACUUCCACAGCCUUCCAGAUCGAUGUUCCAUUCGAGAGGAGACUCAUCGUCGAAGAUGUCAAGAUAGGUACGAAGCGCUACAAUAGCAUUGGCAACGUCGUUUCUCGCGAGUACAUCUUUUCAGACGGCUGUGGCACCCUAUCACGCGCCACCAUGGAGAAACUGCACGAAAAGGACGCAAGGAUCAGGAGAAACAAGCGAAAGACUACACUACCUGUCGUCUUCCAAGUCCGUAUUGGUGGUGCGAAGGGCGUGUUGUCUCUCAAUUCUGAGCAGACCGGCUCUGACGUGAUGCUUCGCGAAAGCAUGGUGAAGUUCGAGACGAACGAAGUUGACCAUCCCCAUGCAAUCUCACUUGAAGUCGCCUCCAGUGCGGAUGCGCCAUUGAGCACGAACCUCAACCGACCCCUCGUAGCACUACUCGAGACACUUGGUGUGCCGCCUAGCAACUUCCUACGCAUUCAAGAGCAGGCCGUUGCCGACCUUCGCUUCGCAGUCACAGACACAGUAGCGGCUCUGCGACUUUAUCGCAGCUACGGCGUCGGCAUUGCCGCUGAGAGCUCUGACCUUUUGCAGACCCUCCAUCGCGUUUUGGGCAUCAAAGGAAUCACCGACGUGGCCUUCCUCAAGAGGUGCAAUCUGACAGUGCUGACAAGCGCCCUACGUAUGAUCAAGUACAAGGCACGAUGCAAAGUUGACCAAGCGUGGACGCUAAUUGGCAUCAUGGACGAGAGCGGCCUUUUGGACGAAGGACAAGUGUAUGUUCAGCUGAGAGAAGGUCAGGAUGCUAACCCUCAGUUCCUCAAAGGAUGGUGUCUCGUCGGGCGAAGUCCUUACCUUGCGGCUGGAGAUGUCCAGUAUGCCACAUUGAUUGGAAGGCCACCUCCUGGACAUCCUCUCCUGAACUUGCACAAUUGCGUCGUGUUCAGUCGAAGAGGCCGCAGGCCACUGCCAUCGAUGCUCAGCGGAGGUGAUUUGGACGGCGAUCUCUAUAACGUCUUUCAGAAUCCGCUCUUGAUGCCACCCAAGACUCGUCCCGCUGGAGAGUUCGACAGCGAGACUCCAAAAUCGCUUCCUCGUCCAGUCACAUGGGAAGACGUUGUGAACUUCUUCUUGCUCUACUGUCAGACGGACAGAUUGGGCAUGAUUGCCGAUCGUCACCUGUGCAUCGCGGACCGUUCAGCAUUCGGUGUCGAGGACCGCCAGUGCGAGAAGCUAGCUCAGCUUGCGUCGGUCGCGGUAGACUAUCAGAAGACAGGCGUCCCCCCUGAUCUUCGCAACAUCCCUCGUCUCGAGGACCCUGCCAGACCGGACUUCUGUCAGAGCGAGCAUCGCGUCGAAGGCCGUCGAGCCAAAGAGCGCAGUCGGUGGGCGAGGCUGAACCUGGGCUACUACGAGUCUCCCAAGGCUCUAGGUCAGAUGUUCCGAGCGAUCUCUGUCAGCGCUGACAUCGACAGCUGGGGCAGGAACAUCUCUCCAGUGAAGAGUGAGUCGGAGAUUCGGCUCCUCUACUGGAACAAGAUUCGUCCUUGGCUCCCGGACAAUUGGCUCCCUGGUGGAGAUGAGGACAUGGCCGCGGUGCAGGUCUACUAUUCUUUGCUGGACGGCUAUGCCAACGACUAUGCCCCUGAGAGACGUCGUGAGGAUCUCUCGGAAGAAGAGUGCUUCAUGGGUGUCAUCCUCUCUAGAUUCGGUACGCGCUUCACUGGCUCCCGUGGCUACUCGGCUCAGAUAGGCCUCAAAGAUGACAUCUCGGGCCUGAUUGACCAGACGAUGAGCAACUUCUGCGACACGCAAGAGUGGAACGAGCCCCGCAUCACCCCCAAGAGUCUCCGAGAUCUAUCUUGGAAUUAUACCACGCCAGAGGGCGAGCGAGAGGCGAAGAUGGCGCGCCUCAAGGCCGACAAGGACUUUGUCCAGUAUCUGGUCAUUCGAUUGGCCAGGUGGAUCCGAGCGUCUGAGAUGUUCGAGGAAGUCAAGUCGCCCGCUGUUAGCAAUUUGCGCCGCAACAAUGCUGAAGGUGGCGAGCAUUGGACUCACAGGCGAUACGAGGGUGCAAAGUGGAUCGCGAUUGCCCCGAUACUCAAGAAGAUUGAGGAACUGGAGAUGUGGAAUCUGUGGUUCAAGCAGAUGACGCGCAACAUGGGAAGCAGGGCUGUCUGAGAGCUCAUCUGCUGGAGUCUUUGUCAGUACACCCUGGGUGCACUCUCAGUCCAUGAAAGCCAAGACGAUGUGACAGGUCUCCGUCUCUUUUCCUUUCCCGGUUUUUCUACACAGAUUCAGCCAUGCCAAAAUCAACGAGCUGCUCCAAGCCGUUGCAUGUCACGCAUGAUGUGUCCCUUGUCAAUGUCAAUGUCACCAUUUCUCCUCUCCGUCUGAGCCUCAGGAGAGGAGAAUUUUGCUCGU